AUGCUGAGGCUCCAGGCCAACCAUCUGGAUUUCAAGGAAAAACGUCAGGAGAGGCUCAUCAGGGAACUGGAGGCAGCUACAGUGAAAACAAAGAAACUGGAGGAAAACGCUGAAGCAGCGAGACUAGCACAUAUGGAAUGUAAAUACACGACAGAAAUCAUGCAGUUAAGAAUUCGAGAACUUGAAGAUGCUUUGAAUGAAGAGCAAGGCGGCAGGAGAGAAGCUUUUUCAGUGGUAGCACAGAAAGAUUUCAGAGAGUCAGAAAAUGCGCAUGAGAGAGGAAAAAAAGAACACCUUUCAUCCUCAAAUGCCAAGUGGAGAGAAGGGGCUGAGGACAGGAAGGAAACUGAAGAACCCUCUGGGAGAUUAGUGAAUGCUGCAACCAGCUUCAGCCUGCAUGAAGGCCCAGUGGGCAAGCCGCCCAUCCUCCUAAACUUAUACCAGAGAAUGGCAGAUAGCCAUGUGCUUGCCAAACAGCCAAAUGUUCCCCUGGAAGGAUUACCUUGGAUGGAGUUUUGUGUACUCUUGUAUGAGAAUGUUGAAGCCCUGAUCUUGAAUUUCCACAAGGCAAAUGAGAGGAUAUCUCAUCUAGAAUAUAUUUGCAAGCACAAGACUGACACUAUGAAUGACCUUCAGCAGAACCAGGAGGAUGCUUUGGAGAAAAUGUCUGAACAGUUAAAAGCACAGGCACAUUGCUUACAGAAAGAAAAGCAGUAUCUUGAACAGCAGUACUCAAAUCUCCUUGCAGAAGUUCAUGCAAGAGCACAGGAAUGUGAAGAAACGGCACAGAAAAACAGGCAAAAACUGUAUGGCCUUGAACAAAUGUGCGAGAAACUGGCCCAUGAAAACAAUUCUGUGAGAAAUACAUUAACAAAUGUUUACAAGGAUUGCUCAUCUCUGCUGGCAGCCUGUGCACUGCUGUCAGGGGCCCUGUGUCCUCUCUAUGGCAGACAGUGUGCUAUGUCUUUCCAAAGAGACCUUCUCCAGGACCAGGUGAACCUCCGUGAAUUAGUGAACCAGGAGAUCAGGACCCUCCUUAAUGCUCUCCCUACUAAUGUGGAAAACAAUCAAGAUGAAGCAAGGCUGAGGCAGAGAAGAGCCAAACACCUGGUUUAUGUGUUCCGAAGAGCUGUGAUUGCAGUUCUGGCCUCUAACAGGCUUAGAGCUCUGGCCCAAAAUUCUUGCUCCUUUUUUGUCUGGACAGAUGGCUCAAGAGGAAGCCUUGGAAUUCAAGUUUGUGUGGGAGAAUCCAGAGGCAGGCAUCAUGGGGCACGUUUUAAAGAGGAAGGAGUUGACUGUAUUGAAGCACUUGAUUGGUUGACUAGCUCUAACCUCUAUACUGCAAUAGUCAGUUCCAUCUCUGAAGUGCAGGGUAUUCUCAGCCAACCAGAUCCAGACUCCUGGCUUUCUGGACACUCACUCAUCAGUGCAGCCAGGAACUCCUUUUCAAAACUGAUGGACAAUCUGAGCGUAUUGAUGGAGACAGUUCAAGGGAACCCUUGUGGGUGCAGAGCUUACCUGGAGAGGGACUCCCUGAUACAGAGGCUGGCUUGUGGACUUCUCAGAGUAAAUGCCCAGGCCCUGAAAGCUGGAUUGUAUGACAGACUGCCCAGCACAAGAAACAUAGCAAUCUUGCAGCAAGAAGUAUUUGAAUUAUCACGAAGGCUUCAUACAGCAGAGGUAGAGUCCCACUCACUGCACCUACAGCUUGCAGAAUUCAAAUGGACUUUCAGUGAGAUGCAGAGGGAUGCUGAAAAAGCCCACAGACUUCAAGAGCAAUUAAAUGCACUUCAACAUAAAAUAAUCACCCAAGACAAUAUACAUGACGAGCUGGAUAAAGCUUUGCAGUGUGAGCAUGAGGCGAGACUGCUUUUACAAGAACACCAGCGACGGCUUCAGGAGUUAAGUAAUAGACUAGAAUUGCACACAUGUGCAGACCCAGAUAGAAGCCAAGACUCAAAGGUGUCCCUGAUGAGCCUCCAUGGUGCAACGGAGGAGCUGAGGAGAAGAGACCAAGUUCUGAAUCACCAGAAGAGUCUCCUGAAAGACAUGGAGCAGGACCAGCAGCAGCUGCGUGAGACUCUCCAGGAGGCAGAACAUGCCCUCCAACAGGCAGCAAAAGACAAAGAGUUGAUGAUUAAUCAUAUGAAAGCUGUUGAUGCCACCCUGAAUGCGAUCAGAGAUCAGGCCAUGGCAUCAGGUGCUGCAGCAGCCACGCUGCUCCCCAGCCUGAAGCUUGAGACCCUUUCAGAGGAAACAAUGAACAGCAGGCCAGAGGCUACAGCAUUCCAGAAUGUGCUCAUAAGUUUUAUGGAGCUCUACUCACUGGCAUCUGCCAGAGUUGAAGCAUUAACAACAGGAAGAGAAUCUUCAGGGGUUCACAUUGAACCUGAAGUAGCUGUUACGCCUCCUGCUCCUGCUUCUAAAGAAUCUUUGCAGAUUCACUUUGAACCUGAAGCAGCCACUACACCUCCUGCUCCUGCUCCUGAUGAAUCCUUUUGGCGUCGUAUUGGGCGUCAGUUAGUCAAAACAUCUCCUGUUCAUGCUCGUGAUAGUGAGGAAUCUUUUUGGCGUCGUAUUGGACACCAUCUAGCCAAAACACCUCCCGCUCAUGCUCGUCACAGUGAUGAAUCUGUUGGGCCUCGCUUUGUGCCCAAAGGAGCUGCUGCACCUCAUGGUUCUGAAAGCGAUGAUAUUUUUCUGGUUAGCGUUGCACCCCAAGCAGCCGUUACACCUCCUACUCCUGCUUCUCCUCCUGAUGAUAUUUUUCAGCCUCACCUUUCACCUCAAGCAGCCAGUACACCUGCUUCUCCUACUCCUGCUUCUGGUGAAUCUUUUCAGCUUUCCUUUGUACCCCAAGGAACCAGUACACCUCGUGGCCCUGCUCCUGAUGUACAUAGGGGAGAGCCUAGACAAAGAACCUACGUUUUGUCUGGAACCGACACAACCCCUGGUGUAUCACCCUACAGGACCUACAUUUUGUCUGGAACCAACACAACCUCUGGUGUGUCACCCUACAGAACCUACACUGUGUCGGGAACCAUCAUAGCAUUUCCUUGCAACCACAACCAUUUCAGUUCUGUGCAUUUCCUUGGUCUUAAAAUUUACCUUCUCUGCGGUAAAUUUACUUUCUCUGAGCAGGACCUUUCUGGCUUCCCUUUGUACCCCGAGGAACCAGUACACCUCGUGGUCCUGCUCCUGAUGAAUCUUUUCGGCUUUCCUUUGUACCCCAAGGAACCAGUACACCUCGUGGUCCUGCUCCUGGUGAAUCUUUUCGGCUUUCCUUUGUACCCCAAGGAACCAGUACACCUCGUGGCCCUGCUCCUGAUGGACCUUUCUGGCUUCCCUUUGUACCCCGAGGAACCAGUACACCUCGUGGUCCUGCUCCUGAUGGACCUUUCUGGCUUCCCUUUGUACCCCGAGGAACCAGUACACCUCGUGGUCCUGCUCCUGAUGGUUCACUUUGAACCUGAAGCAGCCACUUCACCUCCUGCUCCUGCUGCUGCUCCUGCUUCUCCUCAUGAUGACUCUUUUCGGCGUCACAUUGAACCCGAAGCAGACGGUACACAUCCUGCUCCUGCUCCUGAUGAAUCUUUUUGGCGUCGUAUUGGACACCAUCUAGCCAAAACACCUCCCGCUCAUGCUCGUCACAGUGAUGAAUCUGUUGGGCCUCGCUUUGUGCCCAAAGGAGCUGCUGCACCUCAUGGUUCUGAAAGCGAUGAUAUUUUUCUGGUUAGCGUUGCACCCCAAGCAGCCGUUACACCUCCUACUCCUGCUUCUCCUCCUGAUGAUAUUUUUCAACCUCGUGUUUCACCUCAAGCAAGUGUUACACCUCCUGCUCCUGUUACUCCUGCUCCUACCCUGAUUCCUGAUGAUAUUUUUCAACCUCGUGUUUCACCCCAAGCAAGUGUUACACCUCCUGCUCCAGCUACUCCUGCUCCUACUCUGGCUCCUGAUGAAAAUGGAGAGCAAAACCAUCCUUGGGUUCCUGAUGUUCCUGACCAUCUGGAUGCUCCUGAAAACAUCAGCUGUGGAGGCCUGGCUAGUAGCACAGCCCCAGGAGAACGUGUGGAUCACCCUCGCAAAGACGCUCCAACAAGAACAGCUGCUGCUAAAGCCCUUAGUGAGCCUUCUCACCUGGAUUGUUGGCUUGGUAAGCAGGCCAACCGGACCUCCUCUGUCCUGAGUGACCUCCUGACAGAUGAAGAGACUGUUAGGCACGCCACGCUACAAAACCGAGCUGCCAUAGACUUCCUACUCCUGGCCCAUGAACACGGCUGUGAGGAAUUGGGCAGUUUGUGCUGCUUUAACCUCUCCAGCCCCAGUGAAGGCAUCCACACCCGCAUCCAGAGACUCCAACAUGCAGUCCAAGAACUCCAGACUGUAAAGGAGUCCCAGUGGCUUGAGGACCUUUUUCACAAUGGAGAGAGCCUAGACAACGACAUUUUAGCUGUGCACCAAAACGCCAGAGUUAUGGCCAAGAUUUCUGGCUGCUGCAACCUGAAACUGACCUAUCCUCCGAUGUGA